GCGCACUGCUGUGGUGAAGGGGGGAUCGGCGGCAGGCCUCAGCGCUUGUCAGGGGGGUGAAUGUUUCUCGUAGAACAUGCCAGCGGCCGCCGUUGCAGUGAGUGUUCGUGUGGCGCUGUAAUGUCCUAGGCGGGGGAGGCUCGGGACAGGCGAAAGUCUGAGGAGAACGGCCGCCAUGAAACAUGGAGCGCUGUGAGGAGGAUUUCUUGUCUUCCGUGAAUUGAUCCAAGAAAGUACAUUUUGUUUGUUGAGAAUUUCUCCUUCAGGUCCCCCUCUGUUUGUUUUUGCUUUCCAUCUUUCUUUUUGUCGCAUGAUUCCUUUAAAGUCGUGGAUUAUGUUUGUGGCCCUUUUUUUGUGCUCUAUCAUCUGGCUCAACCGAGGCUUCAAGCUUAGAAUAAGAGGCAGCUAAAGACAAACCAUUUUUCAUCCAUUAUUUCUUGGACUUCAAUACAGAAGAGAAUUUGUCGGGGCUGAGCACAUAUCAGGAACUUGCUGGAGAAAUUAGAAAAUGGAGCUUACGUUUGAAGCAUCUCCUUAUAUUGUCGAUGAACAUGUCUUCAGUUCUAUGGAGAGUUCCAGCUAGCUGUUUGAUGGGAUUUGUUGACUCCCUAAUUUAGCAUUAAUUCAACCCUCAUUUAUUCUUUCUGUAGAACAAUGUUGGCAGAAAGCCUGGUUACUUUCUUGCUGUAACCUAUUCGCCUUGCCUUUUUGUUUCUGGUUUACACUAGACAUAUUCUGGGAAGCUGAGGCUUCUAGGCCCUAAAUCUCAAAGGAAAUUUAUUUUUAUUUUUUUUACCAAUGUCAACCGAGGGGUACCAGUAUCGUGCGCUGUACUCGUAUGAAAAAGAGCGAGCAGAAGACCUAGACCUUUUGCCUGGUGAUAUCCUGACUGUUACUCGAGCAGCUUUAUUAGCAUUAGGUUGCAAAAAUGGAGAUGAGCGUGACCCAGAUCAUAUUGGAUGGAUUUUGGGUAUUAAUGAAAGAACAAAGCAGAAGGGGGACUUUCCAGGAACCUAUGUGGAAUAUAUUGGGCCUGUUCAAAUGUCUUUACCUGCCCAUCGUCCACGUGGCCUGCGUCCACUACCUGCUACACCCACUCCACCUCAGGCAGAGCAAAGUACUUUCUCUGGUCCUCUACUACCUGAGCUGGUUGAUCAGUUUUGUUCUCCAGAAAUAGGUCCUCCAAUACUGGUCAAGUUGUUUGAAGCCCUUGAAAACAAAGGAAUGGACAGUGAAUUGCUGUACAGGACCUCUGGCUCGGAGUUUAGACACACAUUAAAAACUGAUUUUUUCGGAGGUGAUUUGGAAGCAGCCCAUGUACAUUUUAUUGCUGACCUAGUCAAGGCAUUUCUUCAAGAGUUGCCAAGUCCUGUAAUACCGUCACACAUCAACCUGGAACUAAUCCAAACACUGCAAGAUCCUAGUGAAGACGAGCAGAAGAGAGCACGUAUUUCUUCAAUUUUACAACCACCUACUGUUCCUAUUCAGCACGUUCUCACUUUACAGUGUAUACUUUGGCACAUUGGAAAGGUAUGCAGCUUUGGCAGCGUUAAUGGAUUCAACGUGAAGGUUGCUGCAGAGAUCUUUGGACCAUUGUUGGUUCGGCCUGUGAUCACAGGGGCAGAAGCAUUGCCAGAUUAUCCUGCUGUGCUCUUGGAACUUCUGCUGAAGGAUAAUAAUGUUCCUAUAGAACACCCUCCUCCUGCUCUCCCUCCAAAACCAACAAAACCUAAACCACCAGUCAGCACAACCAACAUGAGUGGAGGAACAUUGCAGGAAGCAGAGUGGUACUGGGGGGACGUUUCUAGAGAAGAGGUGAAUGAUAUACUCCGAGACACACCAGAUGGGACAUAUUUGGUGAGAGAUGCUGCCAAUAAAAUUCCGGGGGAAUACACACUUACAAUCAGGAAAGGAGGAAACAACAAACUAAUCAAGAUAUUCCAUCGAGAUAACGUGUAUGGCUUCUCUGAACCCCUAACAUUUACAUCAGUGGUAGCCCUUAUUACACAUUACAGGCAUGAGUCUCUAGCUCAGUACAACCCUAAACUUGACAUCACACUGCUAUACCCCAUGUCUAAGUAUCAGCAGGACCAGAUUGUUAAAGAAGACAGUGUAGAAGCUGUAGGAGAACAGCUUAAGGUUUAUAACCAACAAUACAGAGACAAAAGUCGGGAAUUUGACUCUCUUUAUGAAGAAUAUACCCGAACAACUCAGGAACUACAGAUGAAGCGAACAGCCAUUGAAGCUUUUAAAGAAACAAUCAAAAUCUUUGAAGAGCAGUGUCAGACCCAAGAAGCAUUCACUAAAGACUACAUUGAAAAGUGUCGCAGAGAGGGCAAUAACCAGGAGAUUGAGAGAAUCUCAACCAAUGCAGAAAAACUAAAGUCUCGAGUGACUGAAAUUCAUGACAGCAAGAAGAAACUAGAGCAAGACUUAAUAAAACAGGCAACUGAAAAUCGUGAAAUCGACAAGAAAAUGAACAGCUUGAAGCCAGACCUUUUGCAGCUGCGUAAACUUAGAGACCAGUAUCUGGUUUGGCUGUUUGGCAAAGGGGCUCGUAACAAAGAUAUCAGCGAGUGGCUGGACCUGAAGAAUGAAGCUGAAGACCCAUACUCCAUCAGGGAUGGUGAGGAGGAUCUCCUACACCAUGAUGAAAGCACUUGGUACAUGGGAAAGAUGAAAAGAGAGCAGGCUGAAGAGAUGCUGGCUGGGAAGGCAAAUGGUACCUUUCUGAUUCGAGAGAGUCGCCAGAAAGGCUGUUAUGCCUGCUCUGUUGUGGUCGACGGUGAUACCAAACACUGCGUUAUCUACAAGACAACCACUGGAUAUGGCUUUGCUGAGCCCUAUUACCUUUAUGCUUCAUUGAAAGAGUUGGUUUUGCAUUAUCAACAUACAUCCUUGGUGCAGCACAACGAUGCCCUUAAUGUCUCUCUGUCAUACCCUGUGCUGGCACCACCAUCUCGGUGAACCUUUCCUUUUUUAACAGCAAUUUCUUCUGUAGAAGAAUGUGCCUAAGGUUUGAGUUUGGAAUAGAAAUUCUAACUUUAUGUUUUUAAGCAGCCUGUUCUCUUCUGAGCCCGGGAUUAAUGGAAUUCAUGAAGAAUACUGGCUUUGCUGUUUUUUUUUUU